AUGACACUUCUUAAAGCAAAAGCAAACAUAAACAUUCGAAACAAUGAAAAUCGAUCUGCAUUAAUGGAAUGGUAUAAAGAUGAAUCCUAUUCAUCAGAUGGCUAUUUUGUGCAUUUGCCAACAGUAAAUGAACGAAAAAUAUUUAUCAUCUAUUUAGUUCAAAACUGUCUUGCAUUUGUUAACUAUCACGAUUUGAAACAGCAAACAAUUUUGCAUAGUCUUUUUAUUUAUGGAGGAAAGUCAGGACAUAAAGGAAAUAGUAAAUUUUUUUUGAAUGUUUUGCAGUUAUUAAUAACACAUGACAUAUAUGUUCAAUGCAAAGACUAUCUCGAUAAAACGCCCUUACAUUAUGCUGUAUGUGAAGGGAAACGUUGUCGAAUUGCCAUAAAAUUGUUAUUAAAAAUGGAUUCUUCUUUACUCAACUCUUGUGAUAUCGAUGGUUUAACUCCAUUAAUUUACGCUUGUGUUAAUUCAUUUAGUAUAAUGAAAUUAUUGAUAGAAAAUUAUAAAGCAAAUAUUCAUAUUACCGACAAUAUGGGAUGGACAAUAUUAUUGCAUCUUGUUCAUUGUUUGAAUGAAAAAUCUUUGCUCUACUUAUGCAAACGAAUGAAUAAUAUUUCAAUUGAAAUAAAUCGUUCAGAUAAACAUGGUGUAACACCACUGCAUGCAGCAGCUGCUUUCAAAACUCCAACAAUUGUUAAAAUUCUUGUUGACUGUGGUGCAAAUGUAAACGCGGUUGAUAAUAAUAAUUCAACUCCAUUACACUACGCCUAUCAUCGUGCAACACCUGAUAUUGUUAAUAUUUUACUUGAAGCCGAUUCUGAUCCAUUUAAAAACGAUUCGAACGGAAUGACACCAGUUGAAUGUGCAAUAUUUAGAAAUUAUUUUUACACUUCACAAUUUCCCGAUAAUCAAUGCAGAUUUAUCGCUGAUAAUUUAUAUUUUAUUAGUGUAUCAGCUGAUGAAAUAUAUGAUAUUGUCGAACCGAGUCAUCAUUCCCUUCCUGACGAUUUUUUACAAUCAUAUCUAGAGUGUCGUGGUGCUCUAGAUGUCGAUGAUAUUUACUCAUAUCUAUCUCAAAUGAUACAUGUAAAUGGUAUUGGUCAACUGCCAAUAUUAGAUGAAAUUAAUCAAUUGACUGAUGAUAUCGAAUUAUUUGUAGAACAAUUAUGUACAAUUAUUGGUAAUGGUUGUGAGGUGAUUAUAAAUUCUGAUGAAUUAAUUGCAAAAAUUUCAAAAGAUCAAAAAGAUCGUCAACAAUUUGAAAAUGCAGCAACUUCAAUGUCCACAGCUAGUGUUAGUAGUUCGAAUGCUUCAUCAGGUUUGUCCACACAAGAGAACUCAUCAUCUGAAUUAAAUGGAAAUUUUCUAUGGUCUCAAUUGUUGAUUCAAGUCUUGUUGAAAAUGAAACAUGCAGUCAAUGAUCGUCAAGAAUUAAUUAACAUUUGUAACGAAACCUCUACGAUGCAAGACAUUGAUACAUUGAUUGCAUUUCGUUUUUUUAUUACUGAUUUAUAUCAACAAUUGCAAUCUGAGGCUAACGACGACGACAAUCGAACUCCAACCGUAUGUGUAUUCCGUGAUCAAUUAAGGUCAAAGGAUGAAUUAGAUGGAAUGAAAUUGAUAAUCAGAAAAUAUUUAUUAUUAAAUAGUUGUUUAUCAACAACACUGAAUCAAAAGGUGGCAUUUAACUUUAUAUCAAAUGUUGCUCUUGCUACAAAUGAUCUAUGUCGAGUUGUAUUUGAAAUUGAUAUUGAUCCUUCAUUGAUUAAUGUGGAACCAUAUGCUGAUAUUUCAUUACAAAGUUUUUUUCAACAAGAAGCUGAAAUUUUAUUUAUGUUAGGUUCAAUUUUCAAAAUUAAUGAAAUUAAAACAAGAACUGAUUGUAUUUCUGUAAUUAAACUUCAUUUAGCAGGUAUCAAUAAUAAUCCAGAAUUGCAAGACUUGACAGAUUAUAUGAACAAAAAUUUAGGUGAAAAAGCAGAUCUUACUUCAUUAGGCGCUGUAUUAAAAGGCAUGGACAAAUAUGAUCAAGCUAAAAAAUGUUAUGAACGUCAAGCAAAUGAAAUGGAUUAUAAAAAUCCUAUCGAAGUUGUUUGUCGUUAUACAGAACUUGGAAAUGUUGCUUAUGCAGAAGGCAAACAUGUUUUGGCAAUUUUUUAUCAUGAAACAGUAUUAAAACUUUUUCAAUCAAGUGUGAAUGGUGAGGAAAUACAAGCAAACAAUUACAAUAAUUUGGGUUUGGCAUACAAUGACAACGGCGAUUAUGAAAUAGCAUUGUCAUGUUGCAAUAAAACGUUAAAUAUUUAUAAAAAAAUGUACAAUAAUGAUGAUGAUAAUCUUGAAUUCGCUCACGUCUACUUUAACAUUGGUCUCACUUGUUUACUUUAA